UGAGGCCAUAAAGAAGAUGAGAAAAAAGGAUAGAGGCUUUGUCCAGAAUAGAGGCACAGCAGAACAGAUAAAAAGAAGAAAAAGAGUGGGUAGUGAAGUCAUGCAAGGAUUUUUAGCUAACACUUACAAAGAAGACUAAUGAACCCAGAGGCAGUGCAACCCUAAACACAUCUAUAUAGAAGUAAGUCCCACUGAGUUCAACUCAGCUUACUUCCAAAGGCAUGAGCUGCUACAAUGGCCAAAAUAGAACAGGAAAAUCAAACAGCACUCAGUGAAUUCCUAUUGCUGGGUUUUGGAGAUAUUGGAGACUGGUGGCUUGUUCUCUUCUUCCUCUUCUUUGUGAUCUAUAUUGUGACUGUUGUGGGCAAUAUUCUCAUAAUUGUGUUGAUUGUGGUUGAUCGGCAUCUCCACACUCCUAUGUACUUCUUCUUGGGUAACCUGUCCUGCCUGGAGACCUGCUAUAGCUCCAACAUCCUUCCUAUGAUGCUGGCUAAGCUUUUCAAAGGGGGUCAAGGAAACAUCUCAGUUACUAGCUGCAUGAUCCAAUACUACUUUUUUGGCUUCCUGGCAGCUUCUGAAUGUUAUCUCCUAGCUGCUAUGUCCUACGAUAGAUAUGUGGCCAUAUGUAAACCAUUGCUGUACACAGCACUAAUGAAUAGCAGGGUUUGCUUUCAGCUAGUAGCUGGAUCUUGGGUAAGUGGUUCAUUGGCUAUUAACAUAACUAUAUAUUUAAUGAGCCAGUUAAAGUUCUGUCACUUUGGUGAAAUCAACCAUUUCUUUUGUGAUUUCAAUCCAAUAUUAAAACUGUCCUGCAGUGACACAUACAUGAUUGAACUUUUAACUACUUUUCUAGCCACUGUCUGUUCGCUCCCUCCUUUCUUGUUGACUUUAGCAUCUUAUAUUUAUAUCAUAUCUACUAUCAUGAGAAUCCCAUCCAUCAGUGGGAGGCAAAAGGCCUUUUCAACCUGCUCCUCACACCUCACUGUGGUGUCCAUAUUCUACAGCACAAUAAUGAUCGUUUACAUGUUGCCCAAAACAGAUGCAUUGCGAGACCUCAACAAAGUCUUUUCUCUUUUCUACACAGUCCUGACUCCUUUGUUCAAUCCCCUGAUAUACAGUUUGAGAAACAGGGAGGUAAAACAGGCCUUCAGAAAAGCCACUGCUAAAUUGUGUGCAUUUGAAAGAAUUUGGGGAUGAACAUUAAUACGCUUUUCUAUUUAGAUGCAAGUUUUGCUUCUAUUGUAUAUACAUAUAUAUUUUCUAUUUUGUAUCUGUGACUGUUUGUGAAAUGUCUUUAUAUUGCUGUGUUCCAUGAAAGAUAUGUAUAUUGCUUUUUCCUUUUAUGGAAAGGAAGUUUACUUUUUAUUUUAGCUUUCCAAUUCCAUAUAAUUUACUUUAAUAAAC